AUGAGCUUACUGGCUGUAAAUACAGUCGACCGACUGGAUCGACCCAGUGCAUACUAUGUUAGCAAGAACAAGCGACGCAGAUUUAAUGAUCGCGAGGAUGAGGAGCAACAGCAACAGGAAAAGCCUGAUGAGAAAUUGAAAAACGCGACAACUCUCUAUGUGGGAAAUCUUUCAUUUUAUACCACUGAAGAACAAAUCCACGAACUCUUCGCCAAGUGCGGUGAGAUCAAGCGGCUUGUAAUGGGCCUCGACCGAUUCAACAAAACACCCUGCGGCUUUUGCUUCGUCGAGUAUUAUACCCACCAAGAUGCGCUGGACUGCUUGAAGUACAUCGGAGGAACAAAGCUGGAUGAGCGGAUCAUUCGGACAGACCUUGACCCUGGAUUUGAGGAAGGACGACAAUUUGGGUAUGUGGUCUUCACCAAUGGCGGCUACAAGCUAGUAAUGGCUGACUUUCUCUGCAGACGAGGCAAAUCGGGUGGUCAAGUGCGUGACGAAUACCGUGAAGAAUACGAUCCGGGCCGUGGUGGAUAUGGCCGCGCCUACGAUGAGCAGCGCCAGCGUGAGGAGGAUGAAUACGGUGCCGGAAGGUAG